UUAAAGACACCCGAGAAACUUUGAGCUGCCAUGUGACUGCAUAGAUAGAAAAAGCUAUGUGAAUGAUGACACAUGAUUUACAUGAUCAUAUACGGCUAGCAGUAAUGAGCUAUGUGUUGGUAACAUUCCCACAAGUAAGAAUAUAAACCAUCGUGGAAUCCAUUAUAACAUUGCCACCACUACUCAGAGUGGCAGCAAUAUCUUGCAACUAUCGAGCAAUAUGCCUGUGACAAGUAUAGCCAGUGCCCCUAUGCGGGAGCUCAACAACAAUAAUAUGCGCCACACACCUGCAAAAGAGGAGGAGCCAGAAAGAGAACAAGAUGGAGCCAAAAAGGUGGCGGUAGAGGACCAGAACAAACCCUUUCCUUGGCAGAAGCCAGUGCCCUCAAAGGCCCUUAGAACUUCUGAGAAUUAUAUGCUGAGGUACAAGUGUAGGAAACGACCAGGGGGAGCCCGUGGUCCUCACGAUGAAACAGCUCUUGGUCGAGGUAUCAUCUACCCGGCAGCGUACCUGGGCUCCACGCAGCUCGUCACCACCAAACAACCCACCAAGAAGGUGCGCAUGCAACAGGCCCAAGAAGCUGUCAACAGGAUUAAGGAGAGGCCUCCACCAAAAGUUCAUAAACCAAAGAGAAACUCCCCUGAUGGGGAGGAGCAGCCUAGUACAGAGGUAGACUUAGCCAUCUCCAAUGAACGUAUCAGGGUACUCAAUGCUGACACUCAGGUGAGCGAUAUGCAGGAAACCAUGAUGGACCACCCUCUGAAGACCAUCUCGUACAUCGCCGACAUCGGUAACAUCGUCGUCAUCAUGGCUCGACGGCGUCAGAUCACAAGGACGUUGGACGAAGCCAUGGAGGAGAGCGGGGUCAUGCUGGAUGCCGAAGGACGAAGACAACCGAGGAAAAUCAUCUGCCAUGUCUUCGAGACGGAAGAUGCACAACUCAUAGCACAGACGAUUGGCCAAGCCUUUGCCCUUGCUUACCUGGAGUUCUUGAAAGCCAAUGGUAUUGAAGACCCUCAUGCCCAGGAAAUCGACUAUCAUGAUGUCCUCAACUCACAGGAGAUCUAUGGCGAUGAUCUUAUGCUCUUCUCAAACAAAGAAUGCGAGAAAGAGGUGUUAGUGGAGAAGGAGAGGGGUGAGAUCAUGGGUAUGGUGGUAGUAGAAUCAGGCUGGGGUUCACUCAUUCCAACAGUGGUCAUCGCAAACAUGUCUCCAUUCGGUGCUGCUGCUAGAUCAGGCAAGCUCAACAUCGGUGACCAGGUGAUGUCCAUUAACGGCACCAGCCUUGUAGGGCUUCCAUUACAACAAUGCCAACAGACAAUAAAGGGUUUAAAGAGUCAGUGUCUUGUUAAGUUCAAUGUUGUAUCAUGUCCACCUGUUACUCAAGUCCUCAUCAAGAGACCAGAUACAAAGUACCAACUUGGCUUUAGCGUACAAAAUGGAAUCAUAUGCAGUCUAAUGAGGGGUGGUAUUGCAGAAAGAGGUGGUGUCCGGGUCGGUCAUAGGAUAAUUGAGAUCAACGGAAGCAGUGUGGUAGCAACGGCUCAUGAAAAGAUUGUAGAGAUGCUCUCAACAUCAGUAGGAGAGAUUCGCAUGAAGACGAUGCCUCUUUCCAUGUACAAACUCCUGACAGGACAAGAACAACCGGUUUAUAUAUAAAGAAAAACUCAUGAACUCAUCCGAACUUCUGAAAUUUCAUAUUGAGAUGGAUAAUGGGACAAGGUGCAUCAUCUUGUAUAGCAUUCAUCCGACGUUGUCCUCGCUAAGAGAUGGAAUAUGAUCGGAGAGAAACGAAUAAACCAAGAUUAAUCAACGGUGAAUGUAGGAACAUGAUACCAUGUCCUAGGGGUUGCUUAGCUAAAGAGGGUUGGAUGAAGGUCAUGGCAAGAUCAGUUCAUGCGGCAUUCAUGUUACCAUGGUAACAGGCAUCAUGGAAUGGAAUCUAUAUCAUUCUUGUGGAAGGAGCGAGAUAAGAGUCAGGGGUAGACCCGCUGCAGAAGGAAAGAUUUCCGAGGAGAGUGUUCAGGCUGGGAUUGAAACGUUGCAAAAUGAUUGAAGCGUUUGAAAGGUUUUAAUAACCAGUUUGGGGUGUGAGCUUGUAACCUUCACCGAAGGUUCCUCGUUAAAAUGUUUUACUUCUUCCAUAAAACGGUCAUUACGAAGAUGGCAAGGUGAUCGAAGAUGGUAUUGAUACAAACUAGAUAGAAAAUGUCAAGGGAUGGAGUUAUUGAGAUGGUGAUGGAUUUUAUAUUUUUAACCCUUUUUUUAAAAGCAUAGUAUUUAUAAGGUAACGUAAUGUCAUUUGAUUUGUCAUGAACAAGUGGCAGUUCCAGAUAUGGGUAUGUAUGAUCAGAUGUUAUAGAAUAAGUAUAGAUUCAGCAUGAUGAUACAUUCACCACAAAAAGUUGAAGAUGUGGUGCCAGGAAUCCCACUGAUGAAGUCAACCUUUCGCCAGGGUUCUCCGAGGCCCAAUACUGAGAAGUGAAGUUGGUUUCCAGAAGCACACUCAGACCAUUGCACCAGAGACACUUUCUUUUGCAAGGUGAUCGCGGGAACGCCCUUCGUGAGGCAAUCAUCCAGGCAUCGCUAUCGGGGCGUCGAUAAACUCUGUACAUUCAGUCACUGAAUUGAGGCCUUUUUCUUGUAAAUAAUAGCUUGGAAGAUUGUAGCAAAAAAGACUUAAGAGCCAGAUAAUGCUGGUAUAUAGAGAGAGAUACAAAAUAACAAAAAUAAUAUAUGGAAGAUGUUUGUGCACAAUGUAUGUUUCAACAAUGGAAAUAAAUAUAGAUGUAUGUUGAGACCAAUGAUAAUGAUGGUUUGUUUAUAAUAAUGGUACGAUUAACCCUGUUGUGUUUCAAAGUAGUAUUUUCUUUGUGCAUAUUCCAGCCACAUGAAUAGUUAAUACAUAAGCUAGGAAUUCUGACAAAUAGCAACAUAUAUGACAUAGCAUUUUUAACAUCAGUGUACUUAUAAUUUUUUUAGUGCUUGUUUCUAGCAUCUUAAAAAGAGUUAAUAGUUUUUUUUUUAUUAAACAUGUCAGAAAUUAAAAUAACCCUGAUACUUCUGCAUAUUAGCUGCAUUACUGCCUAAAUAUUGUACAACUAAUUUGUGAUCUAUAACAUUCCUUAUUUGUGGUGUAGAGAUAGUCUUUGAUGCUAUUGAAGAGUCAGCAUGUGUGAUUUUAAUGGAUUGACAAACAGAAGACCUUGAGCCCCUAAACAGUUAUUCUCAGAUAUGGAAUAUAUACUCAUUUUCUCCAAAGAAAACCUGUUAAGAUGUUGCCAACUGCUAUUCGCUUUAUUUGGAAAGAGGAAGUUUAAUUAAGCUUUAUGUUUUUCACAAUAUAUACGUGUUACAGACUAUUUGGUGGAAAAAACCUAAAAAAAUGGCCACAAAGUGACUUGUAUCUUUCUGUUUGUCAAACCUAGCUAUCAUUUCUACAUACCACUACCAAAGAUAUGUGAAAGCAAAAAGUUAUUUUCAUCUAGUGUUUGAAAUAUAGAUCUCACAAUGUACAUUUGGUCUCUAAAAAUUAGAACAAUCAAUGAGUCCUACAUUAUCACUCUCAAUACAUUUAAAUCAAAUUCAAACAGUGCACAAGACCUGUGAAUUCUGUUAGAUAACUUAGAUUCGUUCACUCUAGCCCCUAAUUAUAUUUGUUUUAUGAUAUGUGUUAAUUCUGUGUCACGCAAGGUCCCAAUGAAAAUAAGUUCGGCCGUCAUCUUUGCACAGUUAAUUUCUUAAUUCGGACAUUCAGUAUCAUUCUUAGCCAUACAUGUAUCCUUUGGCUACAAUAUGGCCAAUGAGAUACUUGUAUUAGUUAUAUACAGCUUAUCA